UGUGGCCUGCAGAGAGCCGGCACUAUCUCUACCGCUGCUGCUACUGCUGCUGCUGCCGCUGCUGCCGCCACCACUACUGCUGCCGGCAGAGCUGCUGGGAGUGAGCUGAGCAUCCCCCGUCCGGGAUACCCAGCUCCGCGGCAGCUCCCGCGCCCUGGCCCUACACAGACCUGCCAACCCCAGGGAACAAAAGCGGAGCCCCAUUGCCCUCUCCUGCAGCCGGAGGAUGAGUCGAGAGGGCUGAGCGGAGAGUGUGGUCCUCAGCCGCGGGAAGCUCCUGCUCUCAGUCUUGACAUCAGAGAGUGCCAGACUCUUGGGGAAUCUAUAGACCAACAGCCAACUGAAGGGACGACAACAACAAACCAGUGGAGAAGGACACCGUGUUAUCUACGUUUACCUACCCAGCUAUGUCCUCGGCUUUUCUCGAUGACGAUUCCUGACUCGUGGCCCUGGCAGUCUUGGGGGAACCACUAUCCCGUUUCUUCAGUCCAGACACCGGAGCCUCCUUUCUCUCGGCGUCACCCCCACCCAGUUGACCAAACCACUUUCUCGGACACAUCAUCCAGCAAGACAUGGUGGUGAACCCUGGCUGUAAGUCUUCAUGAUUGAGCGACUCUUUUGCACAACACAAAGCGCUCGGAAGGAGUGAAUGAGAUGUGCAGCUCGGAGCGUUGUUUCUGAAGGGAGGAGUCGUUGUCUUGAAGAGGAGUCCUCCAUGAGCCUGGCCGAGGCCCGGGAUCUGUGUGAAGUGGACUAAGGAUUUAGUAGGAUGUCAACUGAGACAGAACUUCAAGUAGCUGUGAAAACCAGCGCCAAGAAAGACUCCAGAAAGAAAGGUCAGGAUCGCAGUGAAGCCACUUUGAUAAAGAGAUUUAAAGGUGAAGGGGUCCGGUACAAGGCCAAGCUGAUCGGGAUUGAUGAGGUUUCUGCAGCUCGGGGAGACAAGUUAUGUCAAGAUUCCAUGAUGAAACUCAAGGGCGUUGUUGCUGGCGCGCGUUCCAAAGGAGAACACAAACAGAAAAUCUUUUUAACCAUCUCCUUUGGAGGUAUCAAAAUCUUUGACGAGAAGACAGGGGCCCUUCAGCAUCAUCAUGCUGUUCACGAAAUUUCCUACAUCGCAAAGGACAUCACAGAUCACCGGGCCUUUGGAUACGUCUGCGGGAAGGAAGGGAAUCACAGAUUUGUUGCCAUAAAAACAGCCCAGGCGGCUGAACCUGUUAUUCUGGACUUGAGAGAUCUCUUUCAACUUAUUUAUGAAUUGAAGCAAAGAGAAGAGUUGGAAAAAAAGGCACAAAAGGAUAAGCAGUGCGAGCAAGCUGUGUAUCAGACAAUUUUGGAAGAGGAUGUUGAAGAUCCUGUGUACCAGUACAUUGUGUUUGAGGCUGGACACGAGCCAAUCCGUGAUCCUGAAACGGAAGAAAACAUUUAUCAGGUUCCCACCAGCCAAAAGAAGGAAGGUGUUUAUGAUGUGCCAAAAAGUCAACCUGUAAGUAAUGGUCACCCGUUUGAGGAUUUUGAAGAACGGUUUGCCGCCGCCACCCCGAACAGAAAUCUGCCGAUGGACUUUGAUGAGAUUUUGGAGGCAACGAAGGCUGUGACCCAAUUAGAACUUUUUGGGGACAUGUCCACCCCUCCUGAUAUAACCUCUCCCCCCACUCCUGCAACUCCAGGUGAUGCCUUUAUCCCGUCUUCAUCGCAGACACUCCCGGCGAGUGCAGACAUGUUUAGUUCUGUACCUUUCGGCACUGCUGCUGUACCCUCAGGUUAUGUUGCAAUGGGCGCCGUCCUCCCAUCCUUCUGGGGCCAGCAGCCCCUCGUCCAACAGCAGAUCGCCAUGGGUGCUCAGCCACCAGUCGCUCAGGUGAUGCCGGGGGCUCAGCCCAUCGCAUGGGGCCAGCCGGGUCUCUUCCCUGCCACUCAGCAGCCCUGGCCAACUGUGGCCGGGCAGUUUCCGCCAGCCGCCUUCAUGCCCACACAAACUGUUAUGCCUUUGCCAGCCGCCAUGUUCCAAGGUCCCCUCACCCCCCUUGCAACCGUCCCAACCACGGGUGACUCCACCAGGUCAAGUCCACAGACCGAGAAGCCCAGACAGAAAAUGGGGAAGGAAAUGUUUAAGGAUUUCCAGAUGGCCCAGCCUCCACCCGUGCCCUCCCGCAAACCCGACCAACCCUCCCUCACCUGUACCUCAGAGGCCUUCUCCAGUUACUUCAACAAAGUCGGGGUGGCACAGGAUACAGAUGACUGUGAUGACUUUGACAUCUCCCAGUUGAAUUUGACCCCUGUGACUUCUACCACGCCAUCAACCAAUUCACCUCCAACCCCCGCCCCUCGACAGAGUUCUCCGUCCAAAUCAUCUGCGUCCCAUGCCAGCGAUCCCACCACGGAUGACAUCUUUGAAGAGGGCUUUGAAAGUCCCAGCAAGAGCGAAGGGCAAGAAGCUCCUGAUGGAUCACAGGCCUCAUCCAACAGUGAUCCAUUUGGGGAGCCCAGUGGGGAGCCCAGUGGUGAUAAUAUAAGUCCGCAGGCCGGUAGCUAGAUAGCACAGGUCUGGGAGCUGGAGCCUCUCUAUGCGCAGAUCAACAGACCUAAGAAGUAGCAUCGAGGUGAGCUCACGGCCGGUGCUUCAAGGCUGGCAUGGACAUCAGCAUCGCGACAGGCUCUCUUGUAUUCUUCCACCUCACCUCAUCUCACAACGAAAUUCAUGAUUGCCCAACGGGACUCAUUUGGAAGAGGGAACUAAGAGUUUUUGGCAACCAAUGGCAGAUAACUAUGGCAGCACAAAAAAAAAAAAA